AUGGUAGAUAGUGAUCCCGAACUCUGCGCCGACGGUGGUGUCGGACGCCGGGGGCGGCCGGAAGACGUCGUGGUCGUCGCUGCAGCUGGCGGUGGCGUCGCUGACGUACCCGGAGGCGGUGAUGCGCCUCCGCUGCGUCGCCGCCAUCUUCAAGGUGUACCGGCGGAGCAGCGAGUCCGUGGAGCUGGUCGACGACGUCCCGCAGAUCGCCUCCGUGCUGGGACACAGCCGAUCUGGUGCCGGCCGCGCGUACCCCGCGAUGGUGUUCGCGGCGCUGCUGCUGUCUGCGACCAGCAGGUAGCAGUGACGUCACUGAACAGAAGAAUGUCGACGGUCGUCGUCUCCUUCAGUGCGGUGGCGAACCCGUCGCCCGCGUUGUGUGCGAGCACAUGCUACAACUGUGUUUUAGAAGGACCUCCUAUUUACAUUGCAGCAGACGUAACAGUUUAUCGUGUUCGCUACGUACCAGCUGCACUGACUUUGUCAGUGACGAGACGUUUCGCAGGUCUUUCGUAUUUUUGAUAUAUACAUGUUGUCAGACGUUUAUCUUUCAUACGACUGCUUUGUACGUGGCGUUGCAGUAUUAUUGACGAGUUUUCGUUUGAGGAAAUUAAACUGUAAUUCAGAAUACCAAUCGCAUCUCAAUGUUACUGACGAUCCUCUGUAAA